AUGAAUUUAAGAAACUACACGCGUGUGUCAGAGUUUGUGAUCGUGGGCUUCCCGGGGCUCCAUCCAUCCUUCUACCAGCUGGUGGCCUGGUUCUUCUUCUUCGUCUAUGUGAUCACGGUGGUGGGGAACCUUCUGCUGGUUGUGCUGUUUGCCCUGGAGCGCAGCCUGCAGAAACCCAUGUACAUCAUCAUGCUCAGCCUGGCUCUGUCAGACAUAGGUUUUGCCACAGUGGCCCUUCCCAAAGUGAUAGCUCGGUGGUGGUGGGACGACGGGAGGAUCUCCUUCCAUACGUGUCUGUUCCAGGAACAAAUGAUCCACUACUUUGGAACACUCAACUCUCUCAUCAUGUUGACUAUGGCUAUGGACCGAUACCUGGCUAUCUGUCACCCUCUCAGAUACCCUAUGUUGAUGACCAACCAGAUAAUGAGUGGUCUAACAGUCUUCUCCUGGAUGUCAGCCACAAUCUCACCUGCCAUCGGCACCAUAGACUUCACCAGGAAAGUAGCAUUCUGUGGUCCCAACCGAAUUCUCCAUGCCUACUGUGACGCUCUGUCCCUGACUAAACUGUCCUGCUCCGACACGGCGGCGAUCCAGGGCAGCUCCGUUGGCCUGGCCUAUUUUGUGCUCCUCGUCCCCUUCUCCUUCAUCGUCUUCUCCUAUAUCAACAUCAUCGUCACCGUGAUGCGCAUGGCUAACGCACAGGGCAGGCUGAAGACCUUCUCUACCUGUGCUACUCAGGGCUGUAUCAUCCUUAUUUACUACAUCCCCCGCUUCAUAGUGUAUGCUACACCCUACAUCCCCAACCUGAUCAUGACCCCUGACCUCCGCAUCGGCCUCACCAUUUUCUACAGCCUGUUCCCCCCGGUGGCCAACCCGUUCAUCUAUAGCUUCAGGACCAAGGAGAUCAGAGCCGUCCUGGCGCGCUGGAGACAGGGCUGGAGGAACAGCCAGACAGAACCGAGUAUACCCAAAACUGUGGCUGUUAUCACUAAAUGAAGCGUUAGGUUAUAACAUGUUAAUUCCGGGUUAUAACAUGUUAAUUCCGGGUUAUAACAUGUUAAUUCGGGGCUAUAACAUGUUAAUUCAGGGCUAUAACAUGUUAAUUCAGGGCUAUAACAUGUUAAUUCAGGGCUAUAACAUGUUAAUUCAGGGCUAGAACAUGUUAAUUCAGGGCUAUAACAUGUUAAUUCAGGGCUAUAACAUGUUAAUUCAGGGCUAUAACAUGUUAAUUCAGGGCUAUAACAUGUUAAUUCGGGGCUAUAACAUGUUAAUUCGGGGCUAUAACAUGUUAAUUCGGGGCUAUAACAUGUUAAUUCGGGGCUAUAACAUGUUAAUUCAGGGCUAUAACAUGUUAAUUCAGGGCUAUAACAUGUUAAUUCAGGGCUAUAACAUGUUAAUUCAG